AUGCCGGAAGAGAAAAAGAUCCAAGAACGCAAACGCAACGUCCUCUACCUAAUUUCCCACUAUCUGCGAGACAACGGCUUCCGUCUAACAUCCGAGACGCUAUUUCAAGAAGGACAACUGUCCGAGACCUUCCAAGUGUGCGACAAUAUAGAUUUGGAGACGAUUCUGCAGGAAUACGAGAACUACUACUAUCUGAAAUUCCAGAAACAACCUAAGAUCAUCAAGAAGGUGAAGAAUGAUACUAGCAUCGCCAGUUUUGAUAACAAAAUUAGGAAGGUGAAGAGCAUUAGUAGCAGCGAAAGCAAAAAGAGUGCUCCUGAUGUUGCUACACCGAAAGACUCGAAUGAGAAGAAGAUGCCGUCGAAUAUGUCGAUAAAGGCAGUAGGAAAGGUAAUGGAAAUCUCCUUAACUUCCGUAGGGUAG